CGGCGGGUUCGCGCCCCGGGAUCGCGGCAGGCGGCGGGGCGGCGGGCGCGUCCAGCAGCUUCCCCCUCAGCCGCUCCAGCCUCGCGCACGCUCCGGGGAUGUACAUGCAGGUGGAGACCCGCACCCGCUCUCGCCUCCACCUCAAGAGGGCCCCGGGCCUGCGCUCCUGGUCGCUGCUGGUCGGGAUCCUCUCCAUCGGCCUGGCCGCGGCUUACUACAGUGCAGACAGCCUGGGCUGGAAGCUCUUCUACGUGUCGGGCUGCCUGCUAGUGGCCGUGCAGAACCUGGAGGACUGGGAGGAAGCCAUCUUCGACAAGAGCACUGGGAAGGUCAUCUUGAAAACCUUCAGCCUCUACAGGAAGCUGCUGACUCUGCUCCGAGCAGGCCACGGUCAAGUGGUGGUCCUGCUGAAGGACAUCCGGGACGUGAACGUGGAGGAGGAGAAGGUCCGGUACUUCGGGAAGGGCUACUCGGUGGUGCUGCGGUUCGUCACGGGCUUCUCCCACCCGCUCACCCAGAGCGCCAUCAUGGGCCACCGCAGUGACGUGGAAGCCGUGGCCAAGCUCAUCACCGGCUUCCUGGAGCUGCACCGCCUAGAGAGCCCCUCUGAGUUGUCCAACUCCGAGAGCAGCGACAGCGAGGCCGACGGCCCCGGGCAGAGCUGACACCCACCAGCAGCUGCACAGCCCCUCUCUGCUUUACCUCGGGGCAUGCCACCGGACUUCGGAGCUGCCUCAACCAGUCCUGAUGCUUGACUGAACAAAGCCACAGCCUGGGCCUUGCCCAGGGAGUAGGGCAGGGAGAGGGGCUGGUGGGAGCCAGGGGGCCUAAGGGGUGGGCGGCACAGCGGGUCUGGGCAGCCCCACCUGUGGCUCCUGU